AUUCGAACUUACCUAUCAUUACCAUUCAAUGCCGCUUCCCGCUUGGUUGGAGGUAUAGCGAAUCGAGAAAUUCCGGUAUGGCUACGUGAACCGUUGCUCGGAUUCUUCGCCCGUAUGUAUGACUGUCGAAUGGAUGAAGCUGUGCAAUCGGAUUUUCGAGCGUAUCCAUCCUUCGCGGCUUUUUUCAAUCGACAGCUGAAGAAGGAAGUGUCACCCGCAGACGGAGUAGUUUUGCACUAUGGAAAGGUAGAAGAUGGAAAGAUCGAAUAUGUGAAAGGCCAUGACUACGAGGUCGCGUCGUUCCUCGGUGAUGUCGAAAUGACACAGAGGGACGAGCUCGAUCUCUACCAGGUGGUCAUCUACCUUGCACCUGGUAACUAUCAUGCUUUCCAUUCACCUACACGAUGGGUUGCGAAAAUAGGGUCGUGGGGUGGUGCUGCCACGGAGACGUAUAGACGCCACCCGCGCGCGCUCGCAGCUGACAAUGGCACGUGGAAGCACGGCUUUUUCUCCUUAUCAGCCGUCGCUGCGACGAACGUCGGCGAUAUAGUCAUCGAUGCGUGCGACGAAAGAAGGACAAGAUGCUGCAUACGGAGGUGGAUAUGCAUAGCGCUUAUCUUCCUGGCGAUAGAGUCGGCGAGUUCCGUCUGGGCUCCCACUGUCGUCUUGGUAUUCCAAGCGCCGCCCACGAUCCGAUUUGCCAUCAAAGCCGGUGAUCCACUGCGUUUCGGACAGAGUCUGGUUAUUGACGGUGUUUAG